AUGCUUCGGUCGACCGCAGUACGAUUGUUUUCGACACUCUCGCUGCACGGCUCGAUUGCAGCGACGGCCGCAGCAUCUGGAUCCCGCCUCGGAGCAUCAUCAUCGCGCUGGACAAAGCGCCAGCAGAGCGACCCCUAUGUGCAUCAGGCACUCGAAGAUGGCUACCGGUGUCGCAGCGCAUACAAGCUCAAGCAACUCGAUGACAAGUUCCAUUUCCUGCGAACGCCAGCAGGACAGGCUGCAGCCAGCAAGCGGGCCACCGCGUCCACAGCUACCGCCGCGCAACCAGUAGUAGUGCGCAGUGGGCUAGUUGUCAUUGACUGUGGUGCACGGCCGGGUGGGUGGACGCAGGUCGCCGUUGAGCGGGUUGGAAAGGACUUUCGCGACCUCCUUCUGAGACACAGCAACGAGACCAAGCAAAGUUCAGGCACUCCACCCAUGGCCGGCGCACAACAAAAUGAAGCCCACAUCGACAAGGAGGAGCAAGCACAAUUGAAACCCAACGCAACAAAUGCCUCGUCAAUCGCCACGUCGAAUGGUGCAGCGAACGCCCCACCAUCACCACCGCUCUCGCCACUCGUUCUCGCCGUUGAUAUCGAGCCCAUGGAGCGUGUGCCAGGUGCUAUUGUACUACCUCAGGCGGACAUGACAGCGACACGCACACACAAUCAAUUGGCAGCCAUUCUGGGAACUCGACUGGUUGACGUCGUCCUCUCGGAUAUGGCGCCCCCGGCAAGUGGAAAUGCAGGUGUGACGCACUUGCAGUGCGUCAAUCUAAUCGAGGCUGCUCUUCGCUUUGCCACGCGGUUUCUGCGCAUCGAUGGGUGGUUUGUGUGCAAGAGUUUUCACGGCACCGAGGACCAGCUCUUGACCACAACGCUGCGUCGACACUUUCGAGAGGUGCACUUUUGCAAGCCCCCAGCCACACGAACAGAGUCGGGUGAAUUCUAUUACGUUUGCGAAGGCUUUGUUGGGCGAUAGGCGGCGGACGUGUAUUGCAAUACAGCUGAUAGGGCAACUGAAGUAAUUUAUUGGCAUCGACACACAAAGCAUGCUUGUCAACCCCCUUGAUCGCAGAAAAGACAAAACACACGCGACACUAUUUCUCGCUUUCCGAGG